CCACGAAAACCAUCCAAGAACCAUAACAUCGCAACUUACCCUCGCAACCUCAAGCAACAUCAACAAUGCUCUGAAUCGACAACCAGCAAGCAGCAAUCAGGAGAACGGAGUAUCAAGCACAACUAACACCUUGAAACCAGAUGUCCAACUUGGGAGAAAGUAGCCAGCCCGUCCAUGUCAAAUUCUUGACUUUGAACUGUUGGGGUUUGAAAUUUGUAUCGGCUCAUAGACAGGAGAGGAUCCAUGCGAUAGCCGAUUUCUUGGCGUGUUCAUCGAGCCUGCAUUCGCGCUCAUGUUCGACCAACUCACUCGAGCCAUUCUCCGACCUCGCCCAUUCCUCAACCAAGAUCCCAGCCGGCUCUGAGAUCCCGAACAAGCACUCUUCCGCAAGCCCUCAACCCACAAACGAGACCACCUCCUUCGGCUCAAGCUCUAAAUCAUUCGACAUCGUCGCUCUACAAGAACUCUGGGUUUACCACGACUUCCUGGUGAUCAGGGACCGAGCUAAGGAAGGCGGUUUCAAAUAUAGUAAAUGGUUUCAUAGUGCUGCACUCGGUUCCGGUCUAGCUAUCUUGUCUCGAUUCCCGAUUAUUUCGAGUCACUUUCAUCCCUACUUACUCAAUGGACAUCCACUGCACUUCAUUCAGGGCGACUUCUUCGUUGGCAAGUCUGUCGGAAGCUGUCUCCUAGACGUCCCUACCGUGGGCGAAGUUGAAGUCUUCACAACUCACCUCUAUGCACCGCAUGAUGUCCCCGCCCCAGAAUGGAAACGGGCCCAUCGGACUGCUCAGGCAUGGGAGCUUGCAAAGCUUGUCAGAGCUUCUGCUGAACGAGGCCGGACUGUAUUUGUUUGCGGAGACUUGAAUUCAGUACCCUCAUCGCUUCCGAUCACCCUCCUUCAAUCAUACGGCCAACUUCGUGAUUCAUGGAUAGCCUCUCACCCCAACGGAUUAUCGACGAUAUCGACGAACGAGAUGACCUACAGGACUGCGAUUCAGGAGGAGGGUAUCACCUGCGACUCGCUCAUCAACACGUUCACAGCCUCGAAGAAUGCAGCCAAUCGAGGGGCAAAAGGAUACGGCAAGCGGCUCGACUACAUCUUAUACCGACCGGCGGCCAAGCGACUGACCAGGAGAGACCGUCUGGGACGCUGUCAGACCGAGUUCAUCGAUGACCAGAAUAUCACCUGCGACCAUUGUGCCGUCAUCCUCACCGAUCCCAUCCCUGUCUUUGGCUACUCUUACUCGGAUCACUUUGCAGUCGAAGCCUCCUUCACGAUCUAUCCGAGUCAAUCGACGAAACUGGAAUAUGACCACUCGGGUCGGCCAGACGAACAGUCGAGUAAUGUCAAGACUCUUGGGCCGCCCAAGCUAACGACGGAGCAAUUAAACAAUUGCAUCUCAGCCCUGAUGGUCAAAUACCGCUCCUCAGAACGCUCGACACAAGUCCAACUGGCGCUCUUCCUACUCUGUGUUCUCCUCGUCCCCGGCGUCUCCGUUGCCGCCAGCUUCCAACCGCUCAAAUAUCUUAACUGGAUCUUCACCCUGCUCAGCUUCGCCGUCGGCGGCUUCGGGAUCACCAUGCUUUACUCCGGCUUCCUCGCCGGCAAUUGGGAACGCUCGGCAAUCCAAGAGGUCUGCGAUCAGGUCGAAUUCGAACUUCAGUCCCUCCUCAAAAAUCAACACCAUCAACACCAUUCUCUCGACUCUCAUCAUAACCAUCUUCAUCCAUCCACUUGAACUUCCACCCUAUCCUCCUCCCUCCUCCUCCUUCUUAUGCACUUUGUUUUUCAUGCGUUUUCUUCACGAACAAAUUUUAUGUUUUUUUUUUUUUUCUUUAUUAAUUUUUCCUCGAGGGAGAAGAGGCUGUGGGCAUUAAGACCAAAAUCAUGCUUCAAAGCUCAUAGGUCCAUUCCCAUUUGUCUUCUUUUGAUGAUCAUCUAAGCCUUACACCCAUACGCAUGUUAGUGCAGAAAGUUCGAAUGGUGAAUUUUCUUGGGUUGAAUCCUAUAUCUA